AUGCCGGAAAGCGAGAAUGCCACUGUCGAGCUCACGGCGCAAUGCCUGUGCAAGAAGCACACAUUCACCGCCAAAGUCCCACAAUCUUCGCUGCCCCUCAAGGCCUCCGCUUGUCACUGCAACUCCUGCCGCCAUGUCACCGGCGCCAUGUACGGCACCGCGACGCUGUGGCCCGGUGACAGCGAUGCAGUCCAAGAAUCGUCACUGAGCAAAUACGUGUUCGGUGAAACCCUCACGACACUCUCCUGCGGCACUUGCAGCAGCAUGAUGUUCUGGGAGAAGAGCACCGAGAGCAAGCCACCCACCCAUAGCGUCUUCACCGGUGCGUUGGCCAACAUCGACGUGCCCGAUCUCGUGCUGUUCACCGAACACAAAUUCCUGGGAGACACGAUCGACGGCGGCGCCUCUCCGUGGCUGCGCAGCGCAGGCAAGGACGGCGCCAGACCGCGAUUGUGGGCGGGACAGACUCGGAACAGCGAGGAGCUGAGCCAAGAGUGGCCGCCCGUGGACUCGCUCCCCGAUGCCGCAGCAGAACUGGACCUGGACAAGAUCCCGAUCCGCUGCCGAUGCAAGGGGGUUGACCUUGUCCUCCACAGUCCUCACACGGCGUUCGCGGGGAAGCCACGGUCGGAGCUGCCUUGGUUCGUGGAUCCGGUGACGCACAAGCUUCUGGGCAACUUCGACGCGUGCGACUCUUGUCGUUUGUCGUCGGGCGCCGAUGUCUUCCACUGGACUUUUGCGCUGCUCCUCCAUCUUGGGUUCGCGGGGGCGACCGAGGGAGGACACUCGGAGUUUCCGCGAUCGACACCUCAACUCAAAGCUGCUGUGUCGGCGAAAGAAGGUCGUGAUCCAAGGUGGGGCACCCUCACAUACUACGAGAGCUCCCCGGACGUGCAGCGAUAUUUCUGCAGUCGUUGCUCUGCGUGCGUGUUCUAUGCGGCGGGUCGCCGGCCCGAGAUUGUUGAUAUUGCCGUCGGUCUGCUGGAUGUUCCUGGAGGUGCUAGGGCGGAAGGACUCAUUUCGUGGGCUUUGGGGGGAGAGUCGCCUUGGCGAACAGAUAUGUCCGGUGGGUGGAGAGAAGACCUCAUCAAGAACAUCGAGUCAGAGGCCGAGCGCUGGAGGAUACAUAGACGACAUUCAAAGAACUGGUACAGGCUUGAUGAAGAGAGGGCAAGGGCGAAGGAAGAAGCUCAAUACCGCUGA